UCACUACGCUCAGCUCCCACCAGCCAGGCUGCGGAGGAUGUCGACCCCUCCGCGGGGACACUCUCCGGGCAGGACGCUUGAGUCCAGCGGAUUCCUCCCGACUGCGUCCCCGUUUCCUGGCAUCCAUCGGCUCCCAUGAGGCCCCCGCUCAUGAAGCCCCCAGCUGCCAAAGUGAGGCGGAAAGUGGCCGGAGACAGAGAGCAUGUGUUGGCGCGUCGGGUUCGCCUGGACGCGGUCGUGUGUGGUUGAUCUGGGCCAGAACCAGAGCGUCUCCACCGGCCUCCUGGGCUCCGAUGAGCAGCUCUCCUUUCAUGGGCUCAUCAUCGCCCGACCCCUGCAGGACCCCGGCGGGAUCAUGUUCGCUCUGGGCUCGGACUCAUGGUGGCGGAAGACCCUGUAUCUGACUGGAGGGGCUCUGCUGGCUGCUGCUGCUUAUCUGCUGCACGAACUGCUGGCGAUCAGAAAACAGGAAGAGCUGGACUCUAAAGAUGCCAUCAUCCUGCACCAGUUCUCCCGGCCCAGAACUGGCAUCCCAUCCCUGUCGCCCUUCUGCCUUAAGACGGAGACCUACCUCCGCAUGGUGGACCUACCCUACCAGAACUACUUCGACGGGAAGCUGUCUCCUCUCGGAAAGAUGCCGUGGAUCGAGUACAAUCAGGAGAAAGUCUGUGGCUCUGACUUCAUCAUCGACUUCCUGGAGGAGAAGCUGGGCGUGAGUCUCAAUAAGAGCCUGACUCCGCAGGAGAUGGCCGUGUCUCGCGCCAUCACUAAAAUGGUGGAGGAACAUUUCUACUGGACCAUUGCGUACAGUCAGUGGGUGGACAACCUGGAGGAGACGCAGAAGAUGCUGUCCGUGAGCGGACCCAUGAGCGAUUUGCUCAGGUGGAUUCUGAGUCACGUGACUGGCGGGAUUGUCAAGAGGGAGAUGUAUGGACAUGGGAUCGGACGUUUCUCUGAGGAUGAGGUCUAUGCCCUGAUGGAGAAGGACAUGCGCACGCUUGCCACCUUGCUAGGUGAUAAAAAGUACCUGAUGGGCGCAAGAUUGACAACAGUGGAUGCGACAGUGUUUGGUCAUCUUGCUCCAGCUAUGUGGAUGUUACCAGGAACCAGGCCUGAGCAGCUUAUUAAAGGUGAGUUGAUCAACCUGGCGAUGUACUGUGAGCGGAUUCGCCGGCGGUUCUGGCCCGAGUGGUUUGUGGAUCUUGAAGACUUCCGCUACAAGGGAACCUCAGAGGACAGUGACUCUCGCUCUGGUCUUCCUGAUCUGGGUCUCUACUCGCGCACAGACUCGUCCUCCUCCCACUGCGACAGCCCCACCCACACCACACACACUCCCACGCCACGGGCCCCUCAGUCUCCCGUCAGCGACCCCACCGGACACUCGCUGUACGACUCCGACAUGGACACGGAGUGUUCUGAAGUGGAUCUGCUGAAGUGUUGACGACACUUUUAAUAGGUAACUGCACAAACACACUCUCCAGUCACGGAGCGGGGUCCACCCUGCGGCCUGGAACGGGCGGAAUCUCAGCCCCCUAGUGGAGGAAAGGGAGAAUAGCAGGUUUAUGAAGCAGGAUGAUCAGAACUAGAGGAGUAAAGGAGUGAAUGACGCCGCUGCUGAGAAACUCCUCCGUCUGCAGUCACAACUUCUCCUUGUUGUCACAUGGACGUUACCAUGGCGACUUUAUAUGUGUCACUUGUAGCAAGCUGCACCACCCAGCCUUGUGUGUCUCGACCAACUGAACCCUUGACGCCUUGAUAUAUCGACGUAUAGAGAAAAUUAUACAUCUGUAAAUAUUCAGUAUAUAUAGGUAUAGACAGACAUAUUUAAAUAUAUAAAUAGGUAUAUAAUAUAGUGAGCUUGUUUUUGUCCGUCUUGUGAAUGUAAAUAUGGUGGCAAAAUCACUUUCAUGGUCACAUGGUCUUGCUGUCUCUCCGCUGUAUCAGACUGAUGGCAGCAGUUGGUCCAUUUUUUUUAUUUUGAACCUGUUCAACAGGACGAAAGCUUUAAGUUACAUAAUAUUUAUGUUACACAGGUGCGAGAUUUAGGAGCGAGCGAUACAAUCAAAUCCGUGAUGAGUGCAUGGCUGGGACAUGCAUCCAAACCUCCCUUUACAUGAGCUGUUGAGAUGCUGCUGUUAGAGAGUCAGAACUUGCGUUGAAAAGCUCUUAGUUGCAAUAAGGAGGCAGUGGAAAAAGAUGGAUUUUGUCGAGACGACUGUAAAAUGGAGGGAUCUAUUCGCGUUUGUCAUGCAGCAAAUGCAAAAUCCCCCAUUUUGUGUUUGCAUCCAUCAGAGUGGUGACCAACGGGAACCUGUCGUUUUAGAUAGUGGCACCAAAACACGCCAAUUUUAAAAAGAAAAAUGUGAUUUCUGUGUCUCACUUUUCUGUAUAUUAUUUCACCAGUCAAACUAAAUGUUGCGUCGCUGUGAUGUCAUUCUCUAUAGUGCUACAUACACUAUGCUCAUUUGUUUUGGUGCCACAGUACGCCAUGUUACACCACACAGUCACACACAUCAGAGCUUCUUUAGCAUGUACUCUGUCGCACUUUGUUACACAACAGCAUGUUACUAUAUGAGAGUUUAGUUUUUCUAAGACACAUUUAUUUUUAUUAUUACGUUGCGCUGUUUUCAAGAUUGUUUAUCAGUAUAACGCCUACACAGCAUUACACUGUGUAACUUGCUGUGUGAUAUGUUGCACUAUGUACUAGUUAUUAAUUUGCACGUUUGUCUGUGGGGUUGUGCCAAGUUCUUUUGCUUUUGCUCUACUGCCUUAUUUGUUAUUAUGUCGAUUUUGCUUUCAGUUUUGUGACACAAUUUUGUUAUUCAAAAUGUGCCAUUGCUUUGUAUAACAUUAAGAUUUUUACAUUUGACUUUGUGACGUUACGUUAUUUAUUUCAUGUGUAUUUCUGUCCCAUCCUUAUAUUUUACUGCUUAUAUUAGUUUGGGUCAGGGGGGCAGCAGCCAGAACAAAGAGGCCCAGACCUAGUCGCUCCUCCGUGUUCGGAGUCUACCCCUGGGUCUUCCCCCACUCCGACUUCACUAGGGGAGCGACUAGGUGUCAUCUUAAAACGGAGCGGAUGACUGCAAGCUCAGCCUUUUGGCUCAGCUCUUCCUUCACUUCACCCCUUCAUGACUUCAAAAUCUACUCCAGCCUUCACCCCCAGUGUCUGUGCUCUUGACUCUUCACCACAAUCUCUCAGGUUGGCUCAUAAGAAGGAAGUCAUUUUGCCUUAUGCUAUGCGUCUUCUUUCAUUUAUAAAAGUGCCAGUGUUUGAUUUUUUUUCAGUUGGUUUUUGCCUUGUUUGUAUCUAUUUCAACCAAAAAAAAGGGUUGCACCUGUGUCUUCAUCAGAUCUCUGUGUGCAAUAGAAACAUUCUCUGUGGUGAGAACAUGUUUCCUGCAUGUAUUCGCUGCUGAUAAACUCACACCUGAUGGAAUAUUCGAUCAUCAGAAAUGAACUGUGCAAUGUGAUCCAGCUAUUGACUGAAGUGUUCCAUCUCUGCUUGUAGACUAGAAGCCAUAUUGUGUGUCGUCUUUUGAUGUGGUCUGUGCUGAAAAAAAAAAUACACUGGAAUCUCAUCAUAUUGUAAAUAAAAGGACUUUAGGACCAGACCGUGUGUCGCUGGACAAAUCCCCAUGAAUGUAUCUCAGAGCGGAGAAGGUGUGUGGCAGUGGAUUACUCAUGAUUUCAUUAAAU